CAAGAUGGUUGUCCGCAUAGACUAUGUGCUGUUUCAAAGACAAUGAGAUAUUAGCCUAAAAAUGGCUCAGAAUUAGCAAGUGCGUGUUUUCCAACUUUGCUUCGAUAGCCAUAUGCGCUGUUAAUUGUUACAUGCUUGGACUAGAGAUUAUCCUGACGCAUAGGUGCAUAAGCAAUAGCUUACUUAGAGCCAGGACCCGCUGGCAUGCGCAUUGCCCACUAUGAGCGAAGCGUGUCGACGCUCCUAUUGGUAGGACGUACUCUGGCAGACUUACGGCAGUCUCCAUGCCGACCUCGAUCAUGCCAUCAACGCUGCCAGCGAUAGUCUCUCCUAAAGUUGGCACUGACCUCGGGAACAGCUACACAGAUGACCGCGGAUUUGCUCUUUCUGGCCUCACCGCAGCCUCAGCCGCCCUCCGCGGCGCCCUUUUCGAUUCCGCCUCCGUCCGCAACACCGCAGCAGCCCUGGCGCCACCCAACGGCCCCACCUCCUCCCGUCCCCUCAGCGCUGCAAGCAUCGCGCUGUUACUCAGUCAAGCCGCGGGACCCGGCCAGCCGCUGCUCCCAGGCUCCGGCUCCGCACGUGGACCCGGAGCCACAUCCGUAACCGGCCCGGGAUCGAUCCUGGGAUUCCUCGGCCCUGGCGUGGGAAGUACAGGCAGCAUGAGCCUCAGCGGCGGGAUCGCCGGCGUCGCUGCGUCCGGACCAGGCGGCAGUGGGGCCGCGGGGGGUUCCGGAGCAUCGUUGAGUGGCGGUAUGGUGGGAGGUGGCGGGGGCGGUGGUGGCAGCGGCGGCGGUGCGGCGCCCGCUGCGGAUGUGGCGGCGGUGCAGUCCGCUGCGGCGCUGCGGGCGGCGGCGGAGGCGCUGGUUGGUGUGCUGGAGGCGGCGGUGCGCGCCAGGGAGGCGCAGAACCGAGCCAUGCUCGCUGCCACGCGAGAGAGUCUCCCUCCAUCCGCCACCACCGCAGCCACCACCACCUCCUCCACCAGCCGACCUGCCUCCGCCCGCGCCCUAGACCGCGCCCUCUACGCCUCCCGCUCCCUCCUCUCCGGCGGAGGCGCCGGCCCCGGCGGCUCCGUAGCCGACGAGCGCCUCGCAUGGGUACGGCAACUUGUACGGCAAACGGAGGGCGGUCAGUCGUACGCGGUGGCGGCGGAAGAGCGCGAACGCGAACGAAUCGCAGCUGCUACCGAAGCCGCUGCCGCCGCCGCUGGCGGCAGCAGCAGCAGUACGGCGGCCGAAGCAGCCUCGGGACUUGCCGUACGGCGCGGCCCGCUGCCCUCCCUGCAGCGUCCCAGUCGUCGUGAGGACGUGUUACUGCUUCAGUCCUGGCUGGCGGAUACGCUGCAGCGGGUGCUGGGGGCGGCGGCGGCAAAGCAGGCAGCAGCUGGGGGGAGUGGAGCCACGGGUGAUGGCGCUCUGGGCAUGGCAGCCUUCGGCGGCUUUGGUGGCGGUGGAGGUGCAGGCGGCGGCAGCAGGAUCAGCGGGAAUGGGAUGUUGGGAACGGGAGCGGGGGCCGGGGCGGGGAGCAGCAGUGGCUUGGGACGGAGCAUCAGCGGAGGCUUGGGGCUGGGAGGUCUGGCAGCAGGUGGUGACGCCCCCCAGCAGCUGCAGCAGGCGGGUGCAGCAGCAACUAGCGGGGCGGGUGUUGUGGGCGAGGCGGGCGGUCAGUCGCAGCAUGCGGCCGACCUGGCGGAUGCUGCGCUGUACGUGCUGGGGGUGGCGAUGGAGGAGCUGCGGAGGCAGGUAGCGGCGGAGUGCAAGGAGCGCGGCGAGCUGCUGUCGCUGCUGUCCGAGCAGCAGGCGGACCUCCUGGCGCUGCGGGGGGCGCUGGCGGGGGAGGGGCGGGCGGCGGAGGUGGCGGGGCAGUGGGCGGCGCUGCUGGCGGAGAGGGAGCGGGCGCUGGGGACGGGCACGGGGACGGGGGCCACCGCACCCGCCUCAUCCGGCGCAGCAGCCCCGGCUGCCUCCUCACUACAAGAGGAACCGCAGUCGCAGCAGCAGCAGCAGCAAGAGGGUUCAGCAGCAGCGGCAGCAGCAGCGGGGGGUGUGCAUGCGGGCAGCAGCCAGCUGGCGAGUCAGCUGGUGCUGGCGCAGCAGGCGGCUGCUGCGGCGGAGCGGCGGUUCGGGCUGGCGGAUGCGGCGCUGGCGGGGGAGGUGGCGAGGAGGGCGGCGGCGGAGCAGCAGCUGGAGGUGUCCAGGGAGCUGCUGAGGAGGCAGGAGAACGAGUGGCUGCACCAUCGCUCUGCCAACCAGCGGCUGGAGGCGGAGGUGACCAGCCUGCGGGACCAGCUGGAGGCGGCGAGGAGGGCGGCGGCGGUGGCGGAGGCGGCGGUGGAGGCGGCACGGGAGCAGAACCGCAAUGGGCGGGAUGAUGUCUCCCAGCUGGAGGCGGCGCUGUUCCGCAUGCGUCAGCAGUACGAGGGCAACGAGAUCCUGGUGGUGGCGCAGCGGCAGCAGGUCCGCGAGCUGGAGGCGGCGCUGGCGGCGCUGAGGGAGCAGCACCGGGAGCAGGCGCUGGCGCUGGGGAAGGUCGGCCAAGUCACGGAGCAGUACGAGGAGGCGGCCGCCAACCUGCGCGCCGACCUCGCAGCCGAGCAAACCCGCUCCAACGAACUAGAAACGCAACUCAUCGCCCGCACCAGCCGUCUCAGCGAGGUGGAAACCAGCCUAGCAGCAAGCGACAAGGCACUGGCCGCCGUACGGGAAGUCCUGGCGAGUACGGAAGCCCUAGCCAACAAACAGGCUUCCGAAGCAGAUGCCGCGGCACGUCGCAUGAAGCACGAACUAGCGGACGCGGUGGCGGCUCGGCGGCAGGAGGAGACGCGGCGAGAGGAGCUGGAGAAGGAGAGUGUGGCGUUGGUGGAGCAGGUUAAGAUGCUGGGCCGGACGUUGGCGUUACAGGGGCUGGAGGGGGUGCCGGGGGUGCAUGACAAGUCGUGGGAUUCGGGGGGGCCGCUGGGGGCGGCACAGCGGGUGUUGGCGCUGACGUCGCAGCAGCUGGGCAAUCUGCAUGCGCACGGGGAGGAGCUGGCGAGGCAGGGACGCAACCUGCAGAACAAGCUGAAGGAGGAGAAGGAGACCAACACGAAGCUGCAGCGCGACCUGUACGAGGCUCGCACCAUCGAAGCCCGCAUGCUUCGUGAGAAGGAGAUCAGCGACAUGCGGGUUGCCACCCUGGAGCACGACCUGCGAGCGGCGCAGAGCGAUGUGCUCAAGAGCCGGGCCAGCGCGGUGGACAGCGAGGCGAGGAUCAAGGUGCAGCAUGAGACCAUUGUGGCGCUGCAGGCGCAGGCUCGCGAGCUGACCCCGCUCAAGAAGCGCGUGGAGGCGCUGACCACCGACCUGGAGCAGACGCGGCGCAUGGAGGAGGAGGCGCGGGCGACACUGGAGGCCACCCGGGUCAACCUGGAGCAGUCCGUGGAGCAGAGUCGCUUCUACCAGCGCGAGAUCCAGAAGCUGCUGGGCGAGCUGGAGGCCGCGCAGGCGGAGAUGCGCGGGCUGCGCGUGCAGGCGGCCAAGCUGGCGGAGCAGGAGGCGGCAAACAAGGAGCUGGAGGAGAGGAUCGAGGCGCUGCAGCACCAGCUGGACCUCACUGCGGAGAGCCACACCGAGACCCUCAAGCAGCUGGAGCUGGCGAAGUUCUUCCUGCAGGGACUGGACCACGGAGCCAGCCCCAACUCCCCCGCCCGCUCCUCCCUCUCCACCCCCUCCCGCGAACGCAUCGCGCAGCUCAUGUCCCCCGGCCACACCCAGCGCUCACCCCAUCGCGGCACCCGCACCCUCUCCCAGUCCGGACGCUUCGGCUCCCCCCAAGCCCGGAGCUUCCGAACCACCGGAAUCGCCUCCGGACACCUAGACGACGCCUCCUCACUCGUCAGCGGUAGCAUGCCGACGCUAGACGGGGUAGGGGAGGACGCCGCAGCGCGUCCUUUCUCAGCAAUUGGACGAGCGGGUGUGGCGCCGCCGGCUCGGGGGCGACCCAAUUGGGGCGGCGGACCCGGGGGUCGGUCAUUCGCGACUCGGCCGAGUAGCGCUGCGGCGCUAGGCAGCAGCAGCAGGGAGGGGCUGUCGCCGGUUGGGUCGCCGUCGCCGGUUGCGAGUCGUCCGGUGUCGGGUGUGAUUGGGAGCCCGGGGGUGGAGGAUGAGGACUCGAUGUACCGCACGGAGGUGCCGAAUGAGGUCAUGGAGAUAAUCGAGUCGCGCGGUCUGGCCAACCGGCUCACCAAGAGCAACGUCAAGUGGGCCAACGUCAAGAUCGGCAUCAUGGCCUGGUUCUCCAACAAGCUGAGGGCCAAGCUGCAGACCGUCACGGAGCAGCUGGCCGCGAAGGACCUGGAGAUAGCGCAGCUGCACUUCAACUACCUUACCGAGAUGCGGCUGCGCGAGGAGUUCCUGUGCCAGGACGUGCUGCCCACCCUCAUGCCGCCCGUGCAGGCGGCGCUGGAGGAGGCGGUGCGGGAGGUGAAGGAGGUUCGCUCCCAGCUGCCCGGCACUCGGAGGGACAUGGACGCGCUGGCGGGCAGCUGUGCGGUGAUGGCGUUCAGUCUCAAGGGGUUCAGGGAGAGGGAGGCCCAUGCGGUGUGUCGCGGCAUGCAGACGGAGAGCGAGGCGCCUGAGGAGUGGAGUCGCUACUUGGUGUCACUGCCGCCGCUGCCGCCGCGGUUGGUGCUGUCGCUGGGCAGUCUGGCGGACGCGAUCGUGCGGAUCUAUCUGCGGGCAGCGGGGACGGUGGAGUCCCUGCCCACCUGGGGUCCCCCCCGCCACGACACCAUCCACGACGCCAUCAUGGACCACUACACCUCCCAACGCGCCCCGGGCAGCUACAACGCCGACCUGCUGUCCGACCCGCACAGCCCCGUGGCGCGACUGCUGGGCUCGGCGCUGCAGCAGGCGCGGAACACCAAGGUCGCCAUCUUCCUCUACUUCCUGAACAUGUCGCCCGAGGGGGUGCACUGGCCCUCCCCCGCCUGGCACUUCUUCCUGCAGGUGCUCCACUGCCUGCGGGUGCUGCUGAGCGGCACCUGGAGGGUGGUGGCGAGGAGGUGGGCGGCGCCGGAGGGGGUGCAGAUCCCCAUGCCUGCCGUACUGGACCUAGUGGGCAACAUCUUCAACGUGCAGGUCCCAGCGGAGCUAGACGGGGCGGUGUCUGUGCGGCUGGCCGCCAUAGUGACCCCUGGGUCGGCGGGGCCCGCGGUGGACCUGGAUGCACUGCUGCUGAUGCUGGUGCGCGAGUACAACGCAGGCAACUGCCCCCGCGCCGCCCUGCUCUACCCGCGCCGCCUCACCGACGGACAGCUCUUCAACAUCUUCAACUCCGCGGGCCACAACGAGUACGUGGACACCCUCAAAACACAUGAGGCGGAGAAGUACAUAGGGCCCACCGCGCCCGCCAGCCCCACCGCCGGCCUCAAACGCAUGCCGCUGCCCCCGCAGCUGCAGCAGCUGCAGUUUAACGGAAUCGGCAGCCCAGUGGGUGGAGGAGGAGGAGGAGGAGGUGGGUUGCGGGUCGCACUGCAGCAGCAGCAGCAGCCCGGGAGUCGGCCGUUGAGUCCCGGGACGCUAGUGGAUGUACUUCACCCGUACGGGGACAUGGGGGGUGAGGGCGGCGGCGUGCCCUCCAUAUUCAGCAACCUACCUGACUUGAGCCCGCCUAGACAGCAGCAGCAGCAGCAGCAGUCGUCGGCCCAACAACAAGGGCUGCAAGGGCAAGGGCAGCAGCAGCAGCCCCCACAGCAGCUGCAGCAGCAGUCCCCUUCACCGCUCCUCCAGCAGCUGCAACCUCCAGGGGGUGGUGGCGGUGGUGGCGGUGGUGGUGGCGCGGCGGGUAGCGGUCCCGACGGCUCCCUUACAAUCAGUUUCGAGAUCAGUCACGAGACGCACAUGUCGGCUGUGACGGGGACGCCGCCGCCGGCGGUAGCUGCUGGAGGCGGGGGGAGGCUGACAGCGCUGCCGCCGCCGCCAGGGCGACCCAGGAAGUAGCGCGGCUGGUGGUUUUUGUGAUUUUGCUGUGUGCGUGUGUGGUCAAAGCAAGUGUGUUUUUAAAGCAACUGUGUGGUAACACGUCUGUGCUAGCAACUGUGUGUGUGUGUGUGUGUUUUUCUCGAGGCUGCGGACGCAUGCAUGUGAGCUUGUGCGUGGGCAGCAAUGUGGGGCGGGGAGCCCCUCUCGAGUCGUGACGCACCGUUCGUAACGCGGUAUGCGUGUGACACUUGUGCGUGUGGCGUGACGAGGAGAGCUGUACGGCAUGGGACCUGCCGCAGCAGAGAUGACGUUAUAUCCGCGUUCCGACGUUGUUUGAUGCGCGCGGUGUGACACCCGCUGGGGGGGGGUGUGGCGCCUUGCUGCUGUGUGUCUGCAUGUGGAUCAGGCGCACAUGGAGGUCUAGCUGCUGGGGGCGAUGUGUUAGGGUGGUGUGGUGGUGGGUGGUGUGAUGGGGGGGGGUGGAUGGAGGGGGUGGCGGUUGUGAUGUGUGCAGAUGACACCUUGCAAGACCCAUGGACGGUGAAUGUGUGUUCUAGGGCGUGUAUGGAAGUUGGGAUCUUCGCGUUGCAGGCUGAUAGGUGUGUAGGUGCGCAGCACGUGUGCGCAACGGGUUAGCAUUAGAGCUUGAAUGAAGGGCGAUGUGCGGCGAACUCAGUGGGCGACUCAGGCUAGGGGUUCCUGGACGUUAGGGGGGCCAGCAAGGUGUGGUUAGGGAGGUACCGGCAGCGCACAUGGGGCCGCAAACCGGACGAACGGACUAUUCGUUUGCACUCACACGGAUGUACAUGGACGACGGGGUGGCUAGCGGGGUGGCUCACAUCUGGUCACAUGCAGCCAAAGGCUGUGAAGCACCCCGGCUCUCUGUCUUGAUGCUUUCCAAACGGCUAUUGCCAUGCUUGGGGCUGCAAAUCCAACCUAUGCUGGGGGCCGCCCCUUUCGGGGAUAAACUUUAUCAUUACAGCUCUCUUUUGCAUACAUUUCAAGACCUGCCGGACACAUAGGGCAGCAUCUUGCAUGCAACCCGAG